UCUAGUCUUCUUGGUCCGACUGUAAUCCUGCUUCUUUCAUACUUUUCCAUGAUCAACUUGUCAACUCUACUGAUAAGUGUCAAUGUACUGUCAAGUUUUUAUUUUUAAAAUAAAAUCUGGAAAUUAUUGGAAAUACAUACGCAUAAUCCAAAAUAGGUCCCAAACUAAAUUCACAGUUCAAGCCUUUUAUAAAAAUGAAUGGUGUUAUAUUGGCCGGUCUUGGCCUGGCGGCUGUGGGAUUCGCUGGUAGAUACGCCCUUCGGCAGAUGCCACAGGCAGCCAAACAAUUCAAUGAUGCGAUUAAGAGCCUGCCUAAGUUUGAUGCUGCCAAUUCAAAGUACUACAAAGGUGGAUUUGAUCCCAAAAUGAAUCGUAGGGAAGCCUCAAUGAUCUUGGGAGUGAGUCCCUCAGCCAACAAGCAAAAGAUCAAGGAAGCUUUCAAAAAAGUUAUGGCAGCCAACCAUCCUGAUAGAGGAGGCUCUCCUUACAUUGCUUCCAAAAUCAAUGAGGCCAAAGAUUUCUUGGAGAAAAAUAAAUAGUUUUUCUCAAUGACAGCCUCUUCUAGAAAUGUGAUAAAUGUAGUUUUGUAAAAUGAAACAUUUGGUGAACAAAUUAUUUUACAAAUUUUAUUUGUAAAACAGUAAACAAUAAGACUAGAUAAAUGUAUAAAGCUGUAUAUAAAUUUCUUUAUAAUAUUUAUAAUUAUAUAUAAAUAAAUAGAUCAUUUGCC